CCACUAUAUAUUGGCUACAUACUUUUUACAUUCUCUUUAUUCUUUCUUUGGCUUUGUCCAAUUCCAAUACUUUUUCUUAAGAGUGCAAAAAUGGCUACUCAUUCAACAGGACAUGCUGCUGAAAAAGUUGCCAAAGCUUUUGUGGCUCAAUACUAUAACAUUUUACAAACCCGAAUCGACCAAUCGUAUCGAUUCUACAAGGAAAAAAGUAUUCUAAGUUGGCCAUCGUCCGAUGGUGAAAUUAUGUCUGUCACAACUUCUGAUGGCAUAAGUGAUUUUAUCAUGUCAUCACACUUCAAGGGUAGCAAAGUUGAAGUCAAAAAUGUUGACUCUCAAUCAUCUGUUGCUGGAGGUGUUUUGGUGAUAAUUAUGGCUUACUUAAUUGGGCAAGACAAGUCUAGAAAAAGGUUUUCUCAAACUUUUUUUCUUGCUCCACAAGAGACAGGGUACUAUGUGUGGAACGAUAUUUUUAGAUUUAUUGGUGAAGAAGAAAAAUCUUCAACAAUUGUUGAGGAAAAUGGUUCAAUUGAUACUCCUUUAGCUAUUCAGAACAAUGCUGAAAACAACGUUCAGAGCAAAGCUGAAAAUAACGUUCAGAGUAAAGCUGAAAACAAUGUUCAGAGCAAAGCUGAAAACAACGUUCAGAGCAAAGCUGAAAACAAUGUUAAUGAUAAAGUUGACCAGAAGCCUUCAAGCCCAAAAGAACGAGAACAAAAAAAGAAGGACCCUGUGGGGCCCGCCAUCGUUGAGAACGAGGCUCCAAAAAUUACCUAUGCUUCAAUGAUAAAGCAAGGUAGGUCCUCGCCACCAAAAAAUGGUGGCCUCUUAUCGGCUCCUAAAAAGCCGCAACCCAACAACUUGGUGAAGUCUAGUUCGACUGGUGUGUUGAAAGUUGCAAGUACUCAUUCAAUCAAAGUUGCGCGAGACAAUUAUGAUAAUGACAUUGAAUAUAAAUCGAUAUUUGUUGGAGGAUUACUACCCAACACAACAAAAAAUGAUUUAUAUGCUGUUGUUAAAGAGUUUGGACCCCUUCACAUUCAAGAUGUUCAACUAAAAGCUUAUGAGGCAUAUCAGGAUGGAUAUUGUUGUGGUUUUGUGCAUUUCCAAGAUGCAAUUUCUGCUCAAAAGGCUGUCUAUACUCAUCACAUUAUGGUGAAGGGCAAACGAGCUUACAUGAGAUACAAGAGACAUAACAAAGUUCACGGAGAUAGGGCAAAUUCUCCAUCGGAGAGAGGUGAGUUUCAAGGUGGUCGACGUUCGAGGAGCCGGCCUCAAAGUUCUGAUGGACGUUGGGGAGAAGGUUACCAACAAAAGUACUAUAAUUAGUGUUGUUUUAAGCUAAAUUAAUUAUAUCAAAUCUUGUUAUGGUUUUAUUGCAUGUUCAUGUUGAAGGUACAAUAUUUGGUGUUUGGAUGGUUUUAAAAAUUAAUACUUCAACUUUAUAGAUUUUUAUAUCUAUAUAGUUUCAACUCUUUUUGAAGUUUCUUCAAUAGUUUACUGUAUAUUGUAUGUGACUUUUGUUUAGGUCCAUUAUUAUUUCUGAGAUCCAGAUAUUAUUACCUAGGUUCCUAAAUUUAGAAGGAACUAAAAUGUAGCUAGUAUUAUUGAGAGUCAACAGGGGGAGGGUGAAUUAAAACUUCCUUUAGUCGACUUCCUAUAGUAGUCAGUCAACUUACAUAAACAUUAGUAAAACAAAUAUAUAGAAAUAGUAAAAUGCAGUAAGUAAAUAACACAGAGAGUUUUUAUACUGGUUCGAAACACCGAUGUGGUGCCUACGUCCAGUCCCCCUGGGAUACAAGGGUUUCUUAAGAGCUUUGAAGUGAACUAUAGUAGUACAUAGUUUCUGUGAUUUGAUCAUGUUUGAUGUGCAAAUCAUAUUGCUACCUUGACACUACCACUAUUUGUAAACCUACACUCAGAUUCUUUCUUUUUCUUUUCUUUUCAAUUGUACCAUUCACGUGUUUACAAAGCUUUAGGAACGAUAAAAGAAGGUUGUACUAUAAGCUCAAGUGAAAUUGCGUACUUCACACUUAAGUCUGGGGGUAGUUUAUACAUGCAUAGACCCGUGCUCUGGUAAGGAAUAACACAAGGAGUAUUUAUCUCAAUCAAGGAUAAUUGAGAGAUUACUUAAUUGAGGCGAUUUGUUGAUCCAUGUCCAUAUUAAAUAUGUGCAUGGUAAAUCACUUCUCUAUCCUUCUUGGCUUGGCCGGCUUGAUUCUUUUCUUGUCUGGUCAUCAGAUCUCGAAUCUUCGGCUUGAUUCACGUCUCUUCCUUUUCUUGAUAACUUGAUUCUAUGUUAGGCUUUGAUUUGCUAAUCUCUUGAUUUUGUCCUGUCAAUCAAGGUAUGCUUGAUUGAGCUAUUUGUUGGAUUUGGGGCUAUUUGUUUAUUGAUUCUGAUUCCUUUAAAUUAAGGUUUUUCUUUCUAACAAUUUCUAUAAUGAUCAACCAUAUAUUUCUUUCCAUCUUGGUGUUGUCUGCAUGGAUCAUUUCUUUUUUUAUUUAGUGGCCUCCGAAAAUUAUGAGUAAGGUGUUAAAUGUCUAUUAUCAAAAUCAACCAACUCUAAGAGACCACAUACUUGUGCUUCUCCAGAACCUUUGCAAGGGGGCGAGGUUUCUUCGAAGUCUUACAUUUUGAGGUAAAUGCUCUCUUCUUUGAGGAAACAGGCGGGGAAGCCAUUGAUCCUUUAGAAGAAUCUCAGGAAAGGGACAAGAUGUCCACUUCAAAAGAAGUUGAAGGGGCAAAGGGUAUUCGAGAAGCCAUGGAGCGAGUUCUAGUCAUGUUAGGUUGAUGAAGAGAGAAGAGAAGAGGGAGAAGAAAUGUCUUUGAAAGGAAGGGAGGAGUCAGAAAGGAAAAUAAAGAGAACACAUUAAAUGCAUAAUGAAUAUAAGUUAAUUAAAACAUGUAAUACCAAAGCUGUUUUUGAGGAAACAAAAUAUCUCUUCAAGUAGAGGUUUUGUAAAAAUAUCAGCUAAUUGAUUCUUAAAAUCUAUGAAUUUCAACAAAAAAUCAUCAUUUUCAAUGUGAUCACAAAUAAAAUGAUGUUUGAUAUCAAUAUGUUUAACCCUGGAAUGAUGCACAUUAUAUUUAGAGAGACUAAUAUCACUAUUAUUAUCACAAAAAUCGGAAUAACUUAAUAAGAGAGAGAAUUGAGUACCACAACUUCCAAUGGCUAGAUAUACAGAUUCAGUAGUAGAUAAUUAAAGCAACCGAGGUUUGUUUCUUGUUGUGCCAUGAGACUAGGGAUUGUCCAAGAUUUGGCAUGUUCCACUUGUAUUCUUUCAGUCAUUUUUGUCACCUGAAAAGUUAGCAUCUGAGUAUCCAAUUAAAUCAAAAUUAGACGAGUGAGGGUACCAUAGCCCUAAUUUAGUGGUGCCAAUCAAGUAGCGAAUACUUUGCUUUGCUGCAGUAAAAUGUGAUUCCUUCGGGUAGCCUAAAAUUUCGCACAUUUGCAUACAUGUACAUGAUGGCUAGUCAACUAGUGGUGAGAUAUAGUAGUGAGCCAACCAUUCGUCUAUACAUUUUUUCAUCCACAUCUUUCCUGGGUUCAUCUUUUUCAAGCCAUGUAGAAGAACUCAUCCGGGUUCCAAAAGUUUUUCCUUUUUUGAGUCCAAAUUUCUUUAUUAGCUCCUUUAUGUACUUGGUUUGACUAAUGAAAGUUUCAUUAGUUGACUGUUUGAUUCGUACUCCGAGGAAGAAUGUGAAUUCUCCUAUUAGACUUAUUUCAAAUUCUACCUUUCAUUAAUUUGCAAAAUUCUCACACAAAGAAGGAUUAGAACUUCCAAAAAUAAUAUCAUCAACAUAAAUUUCAGCUAUAAGAAUAUAUAAACUAGUUCUUUGAAUGAAAAGAGUUGUGUCAAUUUUACCCCUUUGGAAAUUAUUUUGAAGUAAAAAAGUGAUUAAUCCUAUCUAAUUAGGCUUUUGGAGCUUGUUUGAAACCAUAAAGAGCUUUGAAAUUUGUAUUUAAUCAGGACAAGAAAGAUUUUCAAAAUCGAGGAGUUGUUUGACAAAAACUUCAUUUUUUACAAACCAUUUAAAAAUACACGUUUUACAUUCAUUUGAAAAAGUUUAAAGCGCUUACAACAUGCAUAUGCGAGCAAAAUUUGAAUAGAUUCUAAACUUGCCAUGGAAGCAAAAGUUUCAUCGUAAUCAAUACCUUCUUGUCGUGAGUAUCCUUGAGAAACUAAUCUUGCUUUGUUGGGAAUACAUUUUCCAUGUUUAUCCAGUUUAUUCCAAAACACCCAUUUGGUUCCAAUUACUGAGCAAUUCUUUGGUCUUUCGAUAAGAGUACGUAUUUUGUUUCUUUCGAACUGAUCAAGCUCUUCUCUCAUUGCUUGUACCUAUGACUCGUCUACCAUAGUUUCAUUUACUCGCUUGGAUUCCAUUUAAGAUAUAAGAGCCACAGAAGUUUGUUUUCUGAGGGAAGAUCGUAUCUGGAUUUUGUCAUCAGGUUUCCCGAGAAUGGAGUUCUAAGGGUAACUGACGUUGUCUCCAUUCUCUUGAAAUAUUGGCUUUGUCGGCUGGGGUAGUCGACUCCACCUCUGCAGUAGUGACUCUUCAGUAUUAAUUUCAGUGUUGACGAUUGAUGUACUUUUCGUUGGAUUGGGAGAAGUAAUUCCAUUGUCACCGCUUCAACUUCAUGUACUCUUGGAUUAAUGUCAUCAAAUACCACAUGUACAAAUUCUUCAACACUUCAAGUUCAUUUCUUAAAAACAUAAAAAGCCCUGCUAAUAGGAGCAUAACCUAGCAAGAUACCUGAAAGAGUUGGUUUUGGUUCUUGUGGAAUCAAACUAAAUGGAAGAUGAAUUAAUAUGAAUAUUUGGUAGGAAGAUAAUUAGUACAAAAUACAAGUCAAAGAUUGUAUCUUGGUAGGUGAAAGUUAGGCAAACCAUAAAAUGGUUUGCUAUCUUAACCUUGACAAUUUUGACACAUAGUGAUGUCAUGGAUGACAUCAAUAGGAUGAAUUUAUUCCUAUAAAUAGGUAGCUCUUAAUUCAUUUUCAAAUCAUCCUUUCACUUGCCUUCUCACCUUCUAAGGCAUUGUGUUCUCUCUCUUGUAGUAUUUCACUUAUAUUCCUUUUAUAGUGAAAUAAAUAUCGGUGCAGUUGUUCUUUGGAGGACGUAGGAUCAUUUUGAUCCGAACCACAUUAAAUAUUGUUGUUCUUCCUUGUUCUUUAGUUUCACGUUUCCGCUAACAAUACCUUCAUCGCUUCUUGGAUCAAACUUACCAAGAUUAUUCCUACCGAUAUUGUGGAUGAAACAUUAUCACCCAAAGGGGUGGAAAUAGAUUAUGUUUGGUUUCUUACCUCUCCAUAUUCAUACGGAGUCUUCUUUAGUAUAGGUCUGAUUAACACCUGUUAAGAAUAUGACAAGCAAUACUUACGACUUCUGUACAAAAAUGAUAAGGUAGACUUCGAUCUAGAAACAUUGUUCUUGUUGUAUCUUGUAGUGAACAAUUUUUCCUUUCUACUACUCCGUCUUGUUGAGGUGAUCUGGGUGAAAAGAAAUUUUAAGUAAACCGUUUUGAGCAUAAAAUUCUUCAAAGACCUUAUUCUCAAAGUCACCACCAUGAUCACUAUGGAUAGUUGUAAUGAAAUAUUAUGCCUCUAAUUGAACUUUUCUACAAAAUACUUCAAACUUAGCAAAAGCUUCAUUUUUACGAGUUAGAAAAAUUACCCAUGUAAACCUUGAGAAGUCAUCAACAAUUACAAAAGCAUAUCUUUUAACUCUAAUGUUGGUAGUUCGAGUAGGACCAAACACAUCUAUAUGAUGAAGUUGUAGGGGUUUAGAUAUACUUACAAUAUUUUUUCUUCGAAGGAUGAACAAGUUUGCUUACCCAUUUGGCAUGCAUCACAAAUAUGAUCUUUCUCAAACUUUUGUUUUGGCAGACCAGUGACUAGUUCGAGUCUAGAAUGUUUUUCAAAAUCAUACAUACUUGUGUGUCCAAGCUUCUGAUGCCAUAGCCAAGGAUCACUUGAAACUGCAGUAAGACAAGUAAGAGAUGUAAAAUCAAUAUUAUUUAAAACAUAUAUAUAUAUAUAUAUAUAUAUAUAUAUAUAUUAUUAACUCAAUCUCCUACAAGAGUUUAGUUUUUUCUCAGAAUGUUUGAUGAUGUAGUUGGUUGUGUUGAAAGUAACUUGAAAUCCAGAAUAACAUAGUUGACUAAUGUUAAGAAGGUUAUGUUUGAGUCCCUCAACCAGAUACACUUCAACUAGAUUGUCUGAUGAACUGAGUGUAAUAGUCCUGACUCCGAUUACUUCCCGUUUAACAUUGUCUACAAAUAUGACACAACAUCCAUCCAUUCUUUUUAUAGUUUUGAAGUUUUCUUUCUUUUCUCACAUAUGUCUGGGCGUAAAUGUCGUGUACCCACAUUCUUUUUCUAUAAGUUUUCUUGGAUUUCUCCUGCAAAACAAUAAGAUUAGUUUCUUUUAGGUACCCAAAAAUUUUUGGAUUCUUGAUGAUUAGAAACUUUUGAUCUCCAAAUUCAUUUUCUAGAAGAAAAAUUUCUACAAUUAAAAGAUUUGUGACCAAGAUCACCAUAAGUGUAACAAGUAAUUUUAGUAGGAAUUUUAGGAGAGUAGGAGUUAGAAGCUAUUUGAUAAUGGUAACUAUGAUUGGAAGAUUUUCUUCUAUAGAGCGUAGUUCUGUUAAAUCGGAUAAAACUAUGAAUUGGAGAUUUCUGAUGUUGUUCAAUUGCAUUUUGACUUCCUCUAGCUCUUUUGUUAGUAAAUCGUCUUCAAUCUAACUUACUUUGAGAAAAAUCUGCCUAUCUUUUUUUUCUUGAGCAAUUUUAUUCUAUUCGUCAAUAACCUUUUGUAAUUCAUCGCAAUUAUGUCCAAAGAAUUUUGUAAGUCGUUACAAUUAGGGCAAUUAAAAGGUCUUAUGUCACUUGUUUCAUCUCUUUUCAUGAAACAUAGAUUGAUCAUUUCAUCAUGAUCAUCGUCGUUUCUUUCUCCUUGACCCUAUGCUUCGAGACUUGUUGAAUCUUCAUUUCUUCGAUUGUUUCAUCUUCUCCAUUCUAGGCAGGUUUGUUUGAUGUGUCCUGGCUUUCCACAGUAGUAACAUCGAUCAUAUUUCUUUUGAAAUCAUUGUUCUUAAAACUCCUGUUGAGAUCUCUAUCUUCUUUAUCUAAGCAUUUAUCUCGCUCCUCAAUUUAUAAGGGCCAUUCAUUCGUCUCGAUUUUCAUUGACUUCUCUAGUUGUCUCAACCGUAAGUGCCACAAUCUUAUUUUUAUCAUCUUUCUUGUACCUUUUAAUAUGAUUAUGUUCAUAAGCCAUCAAGUUUCCUCGAAGUUCAUUAUACGUCAUUUUCUAUAGAACUCCAUCUUCAAGAGUGACAACUUUAGUUUCCCAAGCUCCGGGAAGACUUUCUAACAAGUUUUCUGACUUGGAGUCCAUUUGAAUAUAACAUUUCAAGUGAUUUGAGUUCAAAGACAAUUUUACUGCAUCUCGAGAAAAUGGCUUCUACAUUUUCAUCUUCAGCCAUUUUAUACAAUUCAUAUUCAUUUACAAGUGAAUUGUCCGAGCUUUUUUCACCUUGGUAGUUCCUUCAUAAGUUACUUCUAGUUUGUCUCACAUUUCUUUCGCAGUUUCACAUGUUUAUAUCUUGUCAUAAUUAGCUCUGCUCAUUACACAAUAUAACAAACUUAUAGCUCUAGCAUUAGUUUGAACUAUCUUUUGUUGUUACUUUGUGAUAUUGAGUGAUUCAGGAUCAAAUGGCUUCUCAGUGCCAUCUUUUUCGGUAAAUUCAUAAAUAGGCUUUGGGCCCUUUUUGAUCACUAUCCAUGUUUGAUGAUCAUUUGAAGAGACAAAGAUUUUGAAUUUGUCUUCCCAGUGAGAGCAAUGUUGUCGAUUGAAGUAUGGUGGUCGAUGUGAAAGAAUGAUCAUCUUGAAGUAGAGUACCAGGAAUUUGAUAGAGUGUCAUUGAAUCUUUGCUCACAUAUAGUUAAACACUUAAUUAGGGAGACCUGUUACGAAACCAAUUAAAAGUCAAGAGAAGGGGAGUGAACUAAAAUUUUCUUCAAUCGACUUUCUGUAGUAGCCAAUCGACUUACCUGCAUGUUCGUAAAACAGAUAUAUAUAUAUAGUGUUGCAGGUCUUGCUACUACUUUGUUCCACAAGGCCCCGUUACGCGCCUUCCAUAUAUGGUAUAUGAGUGCAGCUAAAAUUGCUUUGAUUAUUGUUCUGCAAUACCCCCUUUAGCUUUCCUUGCAAUUCUCCUCCAUAUUCCUUCAAUACUUGUGUUGUUGAUCUCUAUCUUCAACCAAUCAAGUACCCCUCUCAAGCAUUCCUUUGAAAAUACACAUUCAAAGAAUAAGUGAUCAAUGCUUUCUGGACUACUUCCACACAAUAAACCCUCUUUAUCUUGACAUAUUUCCAUUUUCGAAAGUCUAUCUCUAGUUAGUAAUUUUCCUUACAAGAGCACGGGUCUAUGCAUAUGUAAACUACCCCCAGACUUAAGUGUGAAGUACACAACUUCACUUGAACUUAUAGUACAACCUUCUUUUAUCUUUCAUAAAUCUUUGUAAACACGAGAAUGGUACAACUUAUACGAAAAGAAAAGGAAAAAAUCUGAGUGUAGGUUUAAAAGAGAGGUAGUGUCAAGGUAGCAAUCUGAUUUGCAUAUCAGACAGGAUCGAAUCGCAGAAACUCUGUACCACCAAAGUUCACUUUGAAGCUCUUAAGGAAACCCUUGUAACCUAGGGCGACUGGACGUAGGCACCAAAUCGAUAUUCCAAAUCAGUAUAAAACUCUUUGUAUUAUUUACUUAUUGCAUUUACUAUAUAUAUAUAUUGAAGAAGAUCAAAGAGGAGAUAAGGAGCAGGACAAGUGGAAACACCCCAAAGAAAUGCAAUAGUGUAGACAAAGGUUGGAUAGAUAUGUUUUUUUUUUUUAAUGUAGAUAGUGCACAUGAACAUAGAUAGAGGAUAGAGGAGGUAAAUGAGUGAAGAAUUGUAAUUGAAACAUAUUUGGAAUUUAAUAAAAGUUGUUAGUUCGACCAAAAAAAAA